AUGGCUGUUUCUAAUAUAUGGCAAUCGUACUCUUCCUCCAAUUUACAUUGGAUUUAUCCUCUGUAUACCAAUAACUGUUCACAAAAUGUAAAGUCAUCAUUUACAGCAGAAAUAUUAUUGAAAAGAAGAUGUAAUGAUAUUCAAGAUAUACUUAAUGACAGGAUGAUUGAAUUGUUGCUACAGGGCGCGUGUGACCCAAAUAAGCAGCAGAAUUACCUUCAGGGGAUGAGUCCAAGUAGGAAGAAGAAAACCCACGUUAAGAAAUUUUUGAAAAAGCAAAAAAAAUCAAGGAAACCAAUCACUCUGGAGCAUGGUUGCUUGUCAGGACCCGUGACUCUACGUUUCGGAAAUUUUGCAGGAAUCAGAGAUUUGAGAGGUACCAGGUGCCCGCUCCACGGCAUAAAACAUGGUGUCCAUCCAAAACCCGGGGAGAGGUGUGCAUGUCAGCAAGCUACCCUCUUUCCAAGUCCACUAGCUCGGUUUAGUUGUGACCAGUCUGCUGUACUUGGUUGCGCUGCCUCCUCCACACGGGUCUAUGACAGUAUAGCCGAUGAGUUUUCAUCCCUAUAUUUUUAA